GAGAAAGCAAAAAUUGCACGAAUAUUUUGAUGCAAUUUCUGUCUCCUCCACCCAAUGUUUAGAUCAUCCAUUGUUUACAUUUUGACGAAGAAUGGAGCGUAAGAGAACUCUGAAGUUGAGCUGGGAUGAUCUUGGGGGUGGCGAAGACGAUGAUCAAUUCUUUGAUCCUCGUGACCGGCUUUCCUGCGCUGUUCCUCUCGACUUGACCACAUUGGGUUCAGAUGACAGCGAGGAUGAGUUCGAAGAUAGUCGCCUCUCCUUAUCUUCAUCAUGCCUUGAUGGAAUGGAGGAUAAUAGUAAUGAUAAUAAUGAAGCCUCAGAAUCUUCAUCUAUCUCCAUGGGAGAUUAUGGAAUGUGGAUGGCAGAUCCCGGCGACAUCAAGGAGCGGCGCAAACGUCUUCUCCAAGGUAUGGGUUUGACAAGCAACAAGGAUCUCCUCGUCAAGGUCGCAAGUUCUAAGAUUGUGAGAGCGAUUUCAAGAAAGCCUUCCCAUCUCCAUCCCCCGAAGAAAGAUUCCUCUUCGUCAAAACCGAAACCCCCGACCAAAGAUACACAUAAUCAAGAAACAGACCCCGACCCCGCUUCUUUCGCAGUUUCUCCCCGAGCAGAGGAGAAACUGGCAGCAGAAGUGGGGGCAGAGUAUACACAUGCAAUGCCCGUCGUUCUGGUCCGGUCAAGAUCCGAUGGCGAUAUAGACUCCUUCGCCGCUGAAACAAAAAGAAGGAAAGAAGACAUAAUCGGUCCAGUAUCCAAACAACGGCUAACAAGAACAUUAUCAGGGUUGACAUCAUCUAGAACCGGUGGAAUGGGCCAGAUCGCCGGUCCGAUCAUAGUCACACAACCCAAGAAAUGGAAAAGAACUAGAAGACAGACGAUACAAAAUAGCAUGGCCGACGAAUGCAUUGGUUCGUUCUUCUUGAUAAAGAAUCUUGACACAGGGAAAGAGUUCAUUGUGAAAGAGUGUAAUGAAAAUGGGAUGUGGAAUAAGUUAAGUGAUCUCCAAACCGGGAAGCAACUCACCAUGGAGGAAUUCGAGAAGCAUGUUGGACACUCCCAGAUGGUUAAAGAAUUGAUGCAUCGUGCACAUGGAGGGAGAAGAAGCGAUAGUAAGAUCAACAUGAAUUCUUAUAUUAGCAAGAGCUUCAGGUAUAGCAAGAAAACAAGUGUUGCUCUUAUGAGGAACAUUAAGGGCGUAGCGAAUUCGAUGAGUAGUUUCAAGAUCUCAGAGAAAGAACGAGACAACCUCUCGUUACAAGGGGAUGAUCAGAAACAUAAGAAGAAGAAUAGCUCUUCUUCUUCUUCUUCUUCUUCUUCAGAGUGGAUCAAAGUCCAGCAGCAAGGGAAAACCUAUAAGGAAUUCACUGGUUUGCAGUUAUGUCAAGAAAUUCAGGCACAUGACGGUUCAAUAUGGGCCAUAAAAUUUAGUCAAGAUGCACGUUACUUAGCAAGUGCGGGAGAAGACAGAGUGAUUAACGUAUGGGAAAUGCAAGACGUGGAGGUUAUUAGAGCAUCAUCAUCAGAAGAACGUGGAAGCACCACGCCUCUUCACCCAUCACUUGUGGGCAACCUGCAGAAGGCGGGUAAGAGUUCAUCAACUAAAAAGAAAGAUUGUGUGAUUCCUGAUUAUGUGAACAUGCCUGAGACUGUGUUUGCUUUCUCGGAGAAACCUGUUUCUACUCUCACUGGCCAUCAAGAUGAAGUACUCGACCUCUCAUGGUCAAAAUCUCAGCUUCUGCUUUCGUCUUCGAUGGAUAAAACUGUGAGGCUUUGGGACAUCGAAACUCAGAGUUGUCUGAAAAUGUUUGCACACAAUGAUUAUGUAACAUGCAUACAAUUCAAUCCAGUAGAUGAUGACUACUUUGUCAGUGGUUCACUGGAUGCUAAGGUUCGGAUAUGGAAUGUGCCUGGGAGGAGAGUUGUGGAUUGGACUGAUCAAAAAGAUAUGGUCACUGCCACUUCCUAUACCCCUGAUGGUGAGGGUGUUAUCAUUGGUCUUCAAAAAGGGAGUUGUCGACUGUAUAGAAUCACUGAUUGCAAACUAGAACAGGAAGAGCAAUUCGAUGUUGAUCCAAAGAAGAAAUCCCAAAAUAAAAAGAUCACUGGUUUUCAGUUUUCCGAAUCAAAUCCUUCAGAACUGCUCAUCACCUCUGCAGAUUCUUAUAUUCGGAUCCAUGAUGGAACAAACUUCACCCAAAGAUUCAAAGGUGCCAAAAUCACAAGCAGUCAAAUUUCAGCUUCAUUCAGUCAAGAUGGAAAAUAUGUGAUAUGUGCAAGUGAAGAUUCCCAAGUAUACGUGUGGAAAAGAGAAGAAGUAAAAGGUGGCGUAGGAGGAAAAGGAAGAUUUCUUACAAUCCAAGCUCAUGAGCACUUUUCAUGCAAAGAUGUUUCAGUUGCCAUCUCAUGGCCUGGCAGGGCAAUAAAGAAUAAUAAUGAAUCAUUUGUAGAGAUGGGUGGUUCCAAGAGGCAUCAAUCAAACCCCUCCUCGCUUCCACCUCUAUAUCCGACAAGCAAGAAGAACAACUUGCCUUCUAUACCUAAUAAGAAAAAUGAUGCAGUGCUAGAAACAGUUUCAAGUAAUCAUCAUCAUCUAACAGAAGAAGUAGAUGAAGAUGAAUCUUGUUCCGAUCAACCUUCAGAUGUAGAUUCGUCUUCUAUUUCUACUUCUUGCAAUGAAUCAUCUUCUUCUCAAUCUCGGCGGUUUUCCUCCUGCUCAUUGAAUCUUUCCGAAGAAAGUGGCCACACCCAACAAGGAGGAGGCGGAGGAGGUAGUAACGCUCUUGUCCAAGCAACAGCAUGGGGUAUGGUGAUUGUGACAGCAAGUUCUGGGGGAGAGAUAAGAGUGUAUCAGAAUUUUGGGUUACCUGUUAAGGCUAAUCGGCAAACCAGUCUCUUUAUUACAUAGUACAUGUAAAAUCAUGCAAUGUUGGAUGCAUUUUGUUUUAGCACAAACAUGUUUUCAUUGCAUAACUUGGUUAAGAAAGAUAUGAAAACAUUGUGCUAGCUAGUUUCUUGUAGGUAAGGCGUGCCAAUUAAUGUU